CUGAGCAUUUUGGCAUGGGAUUAUGUCUGGAUAAACUUUGGGAGUAUAUGAAUUCAUUCGUCUCUCUCAGUCUCUCUCCGGCUCCAAUCAUAUUAAAAAUGUUUGUAUUCUGAUUUUCAAAUAGGGUUGUGAGAUUGUGGUGAACUUUGACAAAAAAAAAAAAAAAAAAAAAAAAAAAAAAAAAAAAGAUGAGCAUGAGAAGAACAUGGUCAUGGAUGGAUGAUGUGCUUCCGGUGGUUGCAGUGUUGAUGUUAACAUGUUUGGAUAUGGCGUUGUUAACCAUAGUCAAAGAAGUCAUGAGUGAUGGUAUGGGCAGUAUCGUCUAUGUUAUUUAUCAUAACGCUCUAGGCACAUUCAUUCUUCUUCCAUUUUUCAUCCUUCACAUCAUCAGAAAGGUUGACCGUCCUCCGCUCACAUUUCGUAUUCUGUUCAGAUUCUUUAUCCUUGGCCUUUUCGGGAUUUCUCUUUUUCAGGUACUUUGGUAUCUAGGUGUGGAUUACAGCUCUCCAACCAUGGCAAGUGCCAUUGCGAACCUGUCUCCAGGCAUUACAUUCUUGAUUGCAGUAUUUUUCAGGACAGAGAAAAUAGACAUAAGAAACUCAAGCAGUGUAGCAAAACUGUUGGGUACGGUGAUGGCAAUAUCGGGAACGAUGGUGUUCACGUUCUAUCAAGGCCCUGAAAUUUUUGUGAAGAUCCCAUCUCCUGAUUCAGCCAACAAGAUUUUUCUAUCACAUCCAACCAGUUGGGUAUUUGGAGGUCUGGUUACUCUUGCCAGCAUAACCUUCGGCUGCAUAUGGGUUGUAUUGCAUGCAACAACAUCUAGAGAGUACCCUGAUCAACAAACUAUUGUCUUUUUCUACUGCCUUUUUGGGACAGUCCAAUGUGUAGCCCUUUCUCCUUUUAUAGAACGGAGUCGAAGAGCGUGGGUGCUUCAACCUGGAAAUGCGGUGAUUGCUGUUGUUUUGGGGGCUAUUUAUUCAACAGCAAUUCGUAAUAAUGUUUUGACUUGGUGUUUACGGAAGAAAGGUCCAAUUUUUGGGGCUAUGUUUGCCCCCCUCUCAAUCGUUGUUGCAGUGAUCAUGGGUGUCACGAUUCUUGGCGACUCACUUUAUUUAGGAAGUGUUAUUGGAGCAACGAUCGUUGCGGCUGGGUUUUACACGUCGAUGUGGGGGCAGACCAAAGAGAAGGACAAGACACUAGUGGUCACGAAUGACAAUUUGGACGUUUCAGAUAAACCGGGAUCAUCAACUGACCAAACUGCCCAUCUCCUUUCAUCUAGAAAUGAAUCAGAAUGUUAGUUUGCUAUGAACACAAGUAUCGCAAGCCUACUAAUGGUUUCGACAUAAUAACUAACUGAUGAUGCUAAUUUAUAUGUGAGAAGUUCACUUUAAUUUCGGAUUGAAUUUAUAAACAUGGGUGUAGGUAAGGGGAUAUUUAUUUAUUUUUAACGCCAAAGUUACACACCUAA